CACCUUCCCGAAGGAACCAAUCAAGUCAACCCACAUCAAUUUGCAUUCAAUCAGUGCAACCCAUUCCUCCGGCGGGCCCGCCUCCUCCCGGCACCACCCAAUCCUCAACCAAUCUCAGCUGCCAAAGAAGAGAAAACCCAAUCUCAGCUCCCAAUCUCGGCCGUUCCCUCCGCCACAUCUCCGGCGUCGCAAUUCCGGCGAAUCAGAACCAAAAAUAGCGUGAUUUUUUUGGCGGUUUUUCAGGUGUUCGAAGCCUAGCUGAAGAUGCAGGUGCUGAGGCGGAGGAGAGCGGCGGAGAAGGAGCCGGAGAGAAUCUCCGACCCGGACGAGGUGAAGCCGGACACUCGAAAACCGGAGAAGCACAACAAGUGGUCUUGUUUGGAUAGUUGCUGCUGGUUGAUUGGGUGCAUAUGCGUCGCGUGGUGGGGACUGCUGUUUAUGUACAAUUUGAUGCCUUCCUCAUUUCCCCAAUAUGUGGCCGAGGUCAUAACCGGUCCUAUGCCCGAUCCGCCCGGCGUGAAGUUGAAGAAGGAAGGUUUAACUGCCAAGCAUCCUGUGGUUUUCGUGCCUGGAAUUGUGACGGCGGGGUUGGAGCUGUGGGAAGGGCAUCAGUGUGCGGAGGGGUUGUUUAGGAAGAGAUUGUGGGGAGGAACAUUCGGAGAGGUCUACAAGAGGCCCUUGUGUUGGGUGGAGCAUAUGUCCCUUAACAACGAAACUGGUCUGGAUCCUUGCGGUAUUCGGGUCAGACCGGUAGCUGGUCUGGUCGCUGCCGAUUAUUUUGCUCCCGGGUAUUUUGUCUGGGCUGUUCUGAUAGCUAAUCUUGCUCAGAUUGGGUAUGAGGAGAAAACAAUGUAUAUGGCUUCAUAUGACUGGAGACUUUCAUUUCAGAACACUGAGGUGCGUGACCAGGCCCUCAGUAGAAUAAAGAGCAACAUAGAGCUGAUGGUCUCUACGAAUGGCGGGAAAAAAGCUGUGAUCAUUCCACAUUCUAUGGGAGUCAUAUACUUCUUGCAUUUUAUGAAAUGGGUAGAAGCGCCUGCGCCGAUGGGUGGAGGUGGCGGACCGGAUUGGUGUGCCAAGCAUAUUAAGGCGGUGCUGAACAUCGGUGGACCUCUUUUAGGCGUUCCGAAAGCUGUCUCUGGGCUCUUCUCUGCAGAAGCAAGGGACAUCGCCGUUGCCAGAGCAAUAGCACCAGGUGUUCUCGACAAGGAUUUGUUCCAUUUCCAAACUCUACAGCAUAUAAUGCGAAUGACGAGGACAUGGGAUUCGACAAUGUCUAUGAUACCUAGAGGCGGCGACACCAUUUGGGGUGGUCUGGACUGGGCGCCCGAGGAAGGCCAUGUCCCUAGCCGAAGAAAGAAAAACAAUAAUGGCGAUGAUACUACCGAAAAUUCUGCAAGUCCUGAGGAUGAGGCGAGUGAAUCAAAGGGGAGCUGUGUACAUUAUGGCCGGAUUAUAUCAUUUGGGAAAGAUUUAGCAGAGGCAGAUUCUUCUGAGAUUCAGAGAGUCGACUUUCGGGAUGCCGUAAAGGGUAACAACAUGGACAAUAGCACCUGCAGCGAAGUGUGGACCGAGUAUCACGAUAUGGGUAUUGGCGGCGUCAAAGCCGUGGCUGAAUACAAAGUCUACACUGCUGGAGACAUUGUCGACCUCUUAACCUUCGUCGCUCCAAAAAUGAUGGCUCGUGGUAGCGCUCAUUAUUCGUAUGGGAUAGCCGAUGAUUUGGAUGACCCGAAGUAUAGUCACUACAAGUAUUGGUCGAAUCCUUUAGAAACAAAGUUGCCUAAUGCCCCCGAAAUGGAGAUCAUCUCAAUGUACGGAGUCGGGAUUCCAACUGAGCGCGCGUAUGUCUACAAGCAAGUUCCAUCAACGGACUGCUACAUUCCAUUCCAAAUCGACACAUCUGCAGAUGAAGAACACGAAGAUAUGUGCUUGAAGGACGGCGUCUACACUGUGGAUGGCGACGAAACCGUGCCUGUUUUGAGCGCGGGGUACAUGAGCGCGAAAGCUUGGCGAGGGAAAACUCGAUUUAACCCUUCGGGCAUCAAGAACUACGUCAGGGAAUACGACCACGCUCCCCCGGCUACUCUUCUAGAAGGCCGCGGCACACAGAGUGGCGCCCAUGUCGAUAUCAUGGGAAACUUCGCCUUGAUCGAGGAUAUCAUGAGGGUUGCUGCUGGAGCUACUGGCAACGAGCUGGGAGGCGACAGGGUGUACUCGGACAUCUUCGACUGGUCGGAGAAGAUUAAGCUACGACUUUAACAAUUAGACUAUGCAAGAAUCUGAUAUAAAUGUCGAGGAGCUCAAUGUGUUGUCAUCUGCAUCGAAGAAGAUCGAAAUUUGUGGCAUUGUUUGUGUUACAGUAGUUGGUAUUAACAGCACAGACGACAACGAUCGGAAGCGAGGUGGAUCGACGAUUUAGCCUCAGCUGAUGCGAGUUUUUGGUGAAGAAUAUCAGCUUGGGGACAUUGCAAGAGCUCUGGUAACGUUGUUGUUGUUAAUGUUGUAUUGUAAUUUUUAUUUGUUUUAUAAGAAGCUGCCAUAGAAGAUAGAAUGGUUUCGUAUGUGAAGAAGGUAUGCUCUAUGCUUGUAUACGUCUCUGCAUAUAUAGACAUAUGAAGUUAGAGUUUAACUUUUUUCGGAUUU